CACUGCCUUCUCUAUUUACACGUCUCUACUGACAGGAAUUGUGCUGCCCAUGUGGGACCUUGGGACUGCUGUUCAUACACAUUUUUUCCUCAGAAAUGUGAUACCAAUCUAUUGCACAAAGACUGCAAAAGAACUGCACUGAUUUUUUUUUUUUUUUCUUUAUAGAAGUGUUCCCUCAAUGUGAUAGGUACUGAACAUGACUGCAAAUAGCAAAUUACUUAAUCAUCAACUAUAUAAGUACCUGUUUGUUUUGUCAUGAAGUGAAACUUGCGAGCAAGAUCCUAUUACACAUGAAGUGGCUUCUUGCAUCCUUAAAUAUUAAUCCUCAAGUAAAAACAAAUUAAAGAUACUCCCAGGUCACUUGAGUAAGUCUGAGCUGAUGCAUCCCACUCUCCCGUAUCCCACAUUAAAUGUUCUUUGCCUUGUCUUUGUGCCAACACCAACAUUUUUGCAGCCUCUGAAUGGCCUUGGCAGAAGGAUGGGGAUGUAAACUGCGAGGGACCCGGCUGCUGGGGGGGGCACAGGAGCCAUUACCAGCCAUUGGCAGCAGGAACAGGGCUCAAAAGUACAGCGAGCCCUGCAAGGGAGAGGGUUUGCUAAGGACCUGUGGUCUUAAGAUGGAGAUGAUGGGAAGUGUUAGGAGGGUAACUCUGAAAUGAGAGAAGCCCCUGAAACGGAAAAAAAAAAAAUGGCAACAUGGGGUGGUGGAGACUCAAGGUGGAGGAGAAAGAGUGGAAGGCCGCAGGGGACUGUGCAAGAAAUAGGGAUGUGAAAGACGGCAGGCGGGAAGCCACAGGAAGGGAAGGGAGGAGAGAGGCCGGGGCUGGGGUGUGCGGGCACAGGCAGGGGAGCAGGUGUGUGGAGCGCGGAGCCGAGACGGGACGGGUCUGAGGACAGCGAGGGCUGAACGGUGCGCUGCACCCGCCCAGCGCCUGGUACGGCCGGUGCCAGCGCGGCUGAGCGCGGGAGCGAAGGACACGGUCCCGCCCCGUGUGCCCGGCCCGGGGCUCCGCACCCGCGAGACGCUGCCGGCGGGACCCCUGGGGGAACGGGCGCUGGGCCGGCCCUGGCGCCCCUCGGCCGCCGGGGAACCCGCGCUGCUCAAGGGGCCGCCGCUGCCCUGGGGCAGGGAGCGGAGCGGCUCCGGUGCUCCCAGGGCUCGGCAUAGCCCCGCCGCCGCCCACUGCGACCACCCCCGAGGAGGGGCAGCGGCACGGCCCGGCCGCCACCGGCUGCGAAGGGCGCCCAGCCGGGAAGCGGAGGUGCCGCUGACACCGCCGUAGCCGGGUCCGAGCGAGGCACUCGCCCGCCCGGCAGCGGGCCCAGGGCCAGGGCCAGGGCCAAGGCCGCCCGCUCCGAUCGGCGCCGCCCGCCCGGGCGGGCCCGGGGCCGCCCCCUCCUUCUCCCCGCAGCGCAUUCGCCGCGGGGGCCCCUCUCCUGUGACGUCAGCGCCGCCUAAAAAAGCGCCCCGGCAGGCAGGGCAGCGGGCUGGGCAGCGGUCGCAGCGGCGACAGCGACGGCCACGACAGCAGCAGCGCGCGCCCCGCCGCCGCCAACAUGGUGUCCCCCGUCACUGUGUAGGUGAUGUGUGCAGUAGAACUCUUGGAUUGAUGGAACCAAGCUGGUAACUGAAGGAGCUGUGGCUUGUGCCAGCAAUACGAGGAGCUGCCCCUGCAGUUCUGCACUGCAGGCUGUAUUGCCUGAUACUUUGGAUGACUUUUCCCCCAGUUACUACCAUGUACCUGUUUGCAGAAGGCAGUACUUGGUUGUUGUGAUAGUGCAUCCAGGGUGGUCUUGCAGAGUGUUGUUUCAACCAAGUUUUGAGGCAAAUUACUAAAGCACGAGUACGUGCUGGGAAGGGCAUACAGAGUUCAGACUGGAAGACUUUAGGAAGGCAAAUAAUGCAGGUGUGAAGCUAUGGGGAGCUGGAGGGAUGAUAAGACCGGGAGCUGUGACCAGAGCUAUUUGCCAUUGCUGUGGAGGUAUCUGCACCAAGGCAUUCUGCAUCAAAGGAAGAUGAACACUGGUCAUAACAAUGUCCCAUGAUGCAGGAAGUGAAGAGUGAAGGCCCCAAACUGGUCCCCUUCUUUAAAGCCACUUGUGUCUAUUUUGUCCUCUGGCUGCCAACUUCCAGCCCCUCCUGGUUCAGUGCCCUCAUUAAAUGUUUACCCAUCUUUUGCCUGUGGGUUUUCCUUCUGGCUCAUGGGAUUAACUUCUUAGUGUCACACCGGAGUGCCAGCCGCAUCCUAGCAGGACUCAUAUUCUCGGCAGUAGGAGACGCCUUUCUCAUCUGGCAGGAGCAGGGCUACUUCAUUCAUGGUCUGCUGAUGUUCGCCAUCACACACAUCCUGUACUCUUCAGCCUUUGGCAUGAAGCCUUUGCACCUCAAAGCCGGCUUACUGAUGGGUGUUGUUUCCAGUUCCUGCUAUGCCUUCCUGUACUCCUACCUCUCGGGUCCAUUCACCUAUCUGGUGGCCGUCUACAUAGCCCUGAUCGGCUUCAUGGGCUGGCGGGCGGUGGCGGGUGUGCAGCUGUGCAAUGACCUGUGGACAUGGACCAAGCUGUCAGCCUGCGUGGGUGCCAUGCUCUUCAUGGUGUCGGACCUCACCAUCGCGCUCAACAAGUUCUGCUUCCCCGUGCCCUACUCACGCGUCAUCAUCAUGGCCACCUACUAUGCGGCCCAAAUGCUGAUUGCACUGUCGGCCGUGGAGACCAGAGAUGAAGAGGACUUCAGGAAGAGGAGCUAGGUGGAGUGCCAAUAGUCUGUGAACACAUGGGUUAUAUCUCAGGUGCUGUAGCUGCAUUCACCCCUGAGAGAGAUCUCCAUUUCUCUAGGCACACUGGUGAUGUUGAUUUUGCUUCUUUGAAGCAUUACCUUUGGGAAUUACAUUCUUUUCAUUGGCUUUCUCUGAAUACAGCUUACUUCAGUGUGGAGUCCACAUCAGAAAGCUUAGACUGUCCCUGCAGUAGUUACUCAUUCAACUUUUCCUCCUUGGAAGUGCAUUUUACUUGUGAGUCUUGAAAUUGAUGCUGAAUGUCUGGGAAGAGGAGGGCUGGUGGAAAGGAGGUUUGGCCAUGCACUGUGCUAAAAGGCUUGCUCUCAACUGUAGGCAGACAGGCACAGAUGUCUGCUAAAGUCAUAGGUAAAAAUUAAUUUAACCGAUGUUUAUCUAUUUUGCGCAUUACAGUAUGCAAACUGGAGCUAUUCCUCCAUUAAAAGGAAGCUUGGAGGGAGAAUAAAAACAGCAUAUCCAGCUAGGAGCUGAGCUCUGGAGUCAAUGGCCAGCAGAACCAGCAUGAAAGCAGAACCCCAAGCUGAGGGCACAGAGUGGGAGGUGUGCUGGCAGUGCUGUGUGCUUUGAUUGCAGUGCUUACUACUCCAGGGCAGGUCUCCAGGUGCAGGUCAGCAUUGCUGCCUGCGGCAGAACUGUAAAGAGCAGGAAUUUGGUGGGAUAUCAGGUGUUCUCCCUCUCCAUGUGCAUGCAGUUACACAGUGCCUGCAGCUGCCAGUGAGAUGGAAUGGGCACACAAGGAACUUUGAUUUUUAAAGCAGAACUUAGUCAUUGUCUUACUUAUUGUAUGUCCUAAUUAUCCUUACUAUGGCAGACAGGCAUCUAAUCUUUAUGCCUUUUUUCUCCAAUGUUCUAACAAGUGAUGUACCCAUGUACACAUUAAGUUUUAGUAGCACUUUCAGUAAUACUUUCAGUACUGCUGCCUGCAGUAUCUUAAACCUUUGUGUGAGCAUUUCCUGUGAUCAUGGCCCUGAUUUUGGAUGUAGAUUGCCACAUUUUGCCAGCUGGUGAAAAACAAUCCUCUUUGCACCACUUCUUUUUUUGUCAGAAAGCCCCUUUUCAGCAGAGCUUCUGUCCUUUGUGUUCAACACGCCUGGCACUUCCUUCUCAAACUCACAUGAACUCAUAUAGAACCCUGCUAGCUUUUUCCUUUUGUUGAGAGGUGCUGAGUGGGUCUCCUGCUCCUCUCCAGCCUCACCUGGUGUGCCUGGCAGGGAAUAGGCAUUGCCUCCCCACGACUUCUCCAUCAGUGCAAUUGCAGCCAGUAUUACAGAAAUCUGGGUUAGCCAUCCUGACCCCAUGGGGGCAUCUGCUGCUUUUCAGACAGGGAUCAGAAAGGUCAUCUGCAUUAUGGAGAGGGAAAGCACUGUAGGUAGCACAGCCCCUGUAAUCCCUUCCCUUUAAUGCUGUUAUGUAAUACUGUCAGUAUUCAUUCACUGGCGCAUGGGGGCCUGCCUGGAGUAAACAGCCAGGGGAAUUUAGAGCCAUACACCAUUUUCAUUCUUCAGCAUUGCUUAUCUCCUGGCCACAGAUUGAACCCUGCAGUGUAGCUCUCUGCAGAUGUCACCUGCUGUUACUCAGUUUGGCUGUUUGCAAAUCUCCUCCUGCAACAAAGUGACCCAGCUGAGAGGAAGUCUAAGCAUUUGAGGUGAACCCCACCAUCCUCCCAGCAUGUGAGCAGAUAGCACACUGCAGUCUUUGAAUCCCAGCUCCUUGGCAUGGGUCAGCACACUCAGUCUUAGCUGGCAGUUCUUCAGAGGAGCUCCCCACAUCCUGAGCUUCCCUUUGCUUUGAGGGAAAUGUUUGUGUGAUAAAGUAAGCUUUAUUUAAAAGUCUUGAGUUUUGAUUCUCUUUUUUCUCCUCUCUAGAAACGAGUAGUCUUGAACUGCUUAAAAAUAGCUGAGUUGCUUUUCUGUUUGCUUUUUCUUCUUGGCUUGCUUUGCUGUCCUGCUGUACCAUCAGCCACUGGAUACCUGCAGAAGAGUCUUGAUGUGUUAUUAGGAGGCCUCUCCUCUCCACUGGCCAUCAGAGGUGCAGUUUCUGGUGGCAGAGGUCUCUGGGUGGGACAGCAAAACUUGUGCAGCCCAAGUGGGCUGUUGUUCCCUUGCUGUCCUGGAACAGGUCACCUGGAGUGACCUGGCUGGGACAUAUUGGCCAGUCACACUGGCUCCAUCCCCUGCUGCAACAGCUUCAGCCUUCCUGGGAACAUAAGGCAGAGCCCUCAGCAUACAAAGGAGAGCUCUCGUUGGUUUGGAGGUUUGCUGGCAACGGCUCUUCAUCUUCAAAAUCUCUCUCUGGCUCUGCAUUCCCCUUUCUAAUCCCUGUUACUUGAAUGAGACCAUUUUCCUGGAGGCUCUUCCUGCUGGGAAGAGACCAGCUGCUGUGGACUGUGAUCUGACACAAUUUUGAGAUGCCUAAAUCCUGAGAAGCACUAAGCAGUUGCUGGCAGUCUGUUAAAUAACUUUUCCUGGGAUUAAAACUGUUCCCUCAACCCCAGCGAGGGCAAUCUUCACUUUGAAAUAGAGCAAAAAAUGAAGUGGUGUUCAUAUGUGACAAAUGGCGUUACUGUCUGUGGGGCUGCGUUUGUGGACCCUCCUGUUGUCUCUUUGCCCUGUAAAAUUUAGGUCAAAUCCAUUCUUCUCCUUUUCAGGAGUACAGUUCUUGAGAAGCACCCAGUCUUUGGCCCAGGAAUGUUACAGAGGGAAUGAAGCCUUCCAGGUGCUGUAGUGUUCCUGGCCCCAGCAGCAGCAGCUCCUUUUGUUGCUAAGUACGGAGGCUUUCUUUUCACACUGCUAUAUCCAAACAUCCUUCUGCAAACCUGUCUAUGGUCACUUGAGCUUACACACGUGGUUUGGUUACUUUCUGUAGUUAUCACUAUCUUGAAGGUCCUUUGGCUCUUUAAUUGGACAUAUAAAAGAUGCAGCACAUUUACUUCAGCCUCUUUCUGUAGGCAGAUCCUCCUUGCACAGAACUCUCAGGGUCAGUCAGGGAAGCAGUGUUAAUUGCAACUUGUUUUUAAGUGCUAGUAAUGCUGUGUCACAGGGUGAUGCUUGUAGAAACAGCAGCUCAAGAAGAACAAAGCCAGAGGAUUUUAACUUUAAGCUUUACUCUUACUCUGUGCUGGAUACCUGGCUUCCUACUCCUCCAUACUGAGGCAUCUGUAAGACUGAUUGGUUUAAGGAUUACUCUAACAUGGCUUUUGAGUAGAUUGCUUGAAGGUUUCAUGUUGUCAUCAGUAGAGGUGAUUAAUAUAUUUUUAGACAAGUUUAUAAAAUUCCCAGGAGGAGCUUGGCAGUUUUUAGUGGCUCUUCAAAGUUUUCCAGUCCUGUAGGUUGAUACUAACACCUGCAUUUUCAUCUUGCUAUUGUGGUAUUUUUGGAAGCUGUUCUGGAGAAGCAGAUCAAAGCAAACAGCAACUGUAGAGCUUAGUGGCAGAUGCCUCUUUCUCUUUGCUUGGUUUCUGAAUGCAGACAGGGCAUCUUUUAAGCAGAGGCAUCAUAACUGUGUUAUUGGAAGAGGAUAGGAAGUUGCUGACUUCUCAUUACAGAAAUCCUCCUGGGUAGUUCUCCUGCCUUUUAUCCAUGCUCACUUCUUGUGUGGCCUUGGGUGAAUCACUUAAAUUUUCUGGGGUCAGGUCCACAUGUGGUGUACGAGGACCAGUGCAAUGCCAAGUUAUCCCAGCAGGGGACCAGGCCCUCACCCCAUUCUAAAAUGGAGAUAUUACCCCUUACCUACCUCACAAGGAUAACAUGAGGAUUGAUGCUCAUACAGCACUUUGAAGAUGUCAAGUGCUAUGUAAGUCACGAGUAUUAUCCAACUUUAAUGUUAAAAUUGCUUUUAGGGAUCUGCAGGACUUCUCUUAAAACACAGAAUGUGUGACUGCCUUUUCAAUUUGCAUCAGAUAGAAAAAGACUGCAAAAUAUUUAUUCAUGCUGGUUAACAGGAUGGGCUCAGCUACACUUGAACUCUGUGGGAGGUUUAGCUUAAAAAUCUGAACUCUCUAAUUUCAGUUUUGCAAAUGAUUUUUAGUUCUUCUAAAAGCCUUGACCAAAUUCUUAGAUGUGAACCUUGCAUCCAACUUUUGCAGUCUGGUCUUGUCUCUCACUCUUAGCUGGAGUAAAUAUAAUCCAGCCAAAACAGAGUGCCUCACAGUCUGCUGUGGCUUUUGAAAAAAGCUGGAACAGAAAAUGAAAUCAUUCUAUUCAACCUUCUGCAGAAGGUCAGCUGGGUUUCAUGAGACAACUUUCAAAGGGAUCUUUAAUUUCUCUUAUUGUAAGUUUCACUGGCUUUAAAAACAGCAGAGAGAGAAAGCCUUGAUGGAAUCAAUAAGGUCGGCACAUCCUUCUUGAAUUCCCUUUUUUCAUCCAAAUGAAGGAAACAGUGGGUUUUGUAUCAAAGGAAGUGCAUGUACCACCAGUCCCAUGGCCCAGAACAAAAGUUGAUCUAGAAAUACAGCUCUCAACCGUCACCAUGUUCUCAACUAGGAUAAAAAUGCCACUGUUCAUUGAUCUAAAUCUGGGCCACAGCUAGAAACUACCUGGUUUUUGUAGCACUAGCUGCUGUACAAACACAAAUGAAGGCAAGGAAUUACACACCAAGGAAUGUGAGCUGUGUACAUGUGAAAUGAACCAUUAUUUUGAAGCAGCUGCAGUAAAAUCUUAAUAUGAACUCAGAAGCAAACACAAUGCAAAUUUUUAUGGUUUCUUUAAAAUAUUUGAUGGGUUUUCAUUUUCUUAGUUUGGAGAAAAUUUAUUUUUGCUCUUACUGUAAAGAAUAAAAAUACACUAUUCUAGACAGACUACAAAUGAAGAAAAAGUGGCCAGUUGGCAGGAAUGCCAAAAUUUCUGUGGUCUGUAUUGUUUCUGUGCUGACACUAUGCUGCUGUCGAGUGAGCUACUGGAGUGGUGUGAUGGCUCAAAAGUCAGGCUGAAGCACAAGAUGCAGGUGUUGAGCCACCAAGACUUCAAUGGGAGCAUGACUGGGCCAGUUUGGAUCAGUCGAAAGACAGCACAUAAGGAAAUAAAAGACAACUUUUCCUGACAGGAGAAAAGCAAGGAACCAAAACCAGCCCAUUGGGCGAUGGUGCUGAAUCACUACAAACAUUUUUGAUCUAGACCCUGUUGGUGCAGGCUCCUAAUUCAGCUGGGGAGGCUUGCUCCAAGCCUAUGGUACUGGCAGGGUCAGGCCAGCAGAACCUGAAGCUUUGUAAAUUAAACUCAAAAACCAGAAAGCAACAACAAAAACAAGAAGAAAAUCCCAAAACCACAAAAAGAAAUCCAAAAACAAAACCAAAAAACAACCCAAGGAAGGAGAAAGCCAAUGCCACCAGGUAAGUGGCAGUUCUGCCUGACUGAGAAGGCAGAGUGGCUGGUCUGUCCUGAACACUAAUGUCUAUGUCUUGGACCUGUGUGAGUCUCUUGCUCCAGCCCCCUCCCACACAUUCCAGGCAGAGUGCAUUGAAAAUGUGACUGAAGCAGCUGCUCUCCUCUGGGGAGUCAAGCACUUUGCCAUGUCUGAAAGUCUCUAGCACUUACUUUAUUUACUGUGAUUGUAAAGGUCACCACAUACAGUACAGCCACUUGAUCUGGGAUCUCUUCUUAACACAUUUUUAUGCUGAUUUUACUAUAUUUGGAAUGUAUUUUUUUUCUCAUUUCUUCUGUGUGUAACAGCAAUUGAAAAUACUAAUUUACUCAGUAUUUUUACUGUGCAGAUACAACGUCUCCUUGCUCAUUUUCUGUUUCUGUCACUGUUUCAGGAUGGAAUGUGAGGCCCCUCUGUGGUGGGCAGCUUUGUGCCAUUGUUAUACCCUGCAGCAUAAUUUGUGCUGGAGCUGCUCAGCACCCCACUAAAGCUGACUGUCACAGUCAAGCCACAGCAUUCCUACCUGGGGAACCCUGAAAAACACCCACAUUCACUCUACAGAGUACAUCCAACACAAACCAACCAGGCACCUGGCUGGUGUUACACCACAUCCUGCGUGCCCUGGGAUGCCAAUCUCUGGGGCAAGCUUGUCCCUUGCUGUUCCAGCCAAUCCCACAGACAACUGCCAUUUGUCCACACUUCCAGGGAGAAGGGAGCUUGCUGCACAGGGCUGCUCCACAAGACUGCUCACUGCCAAGAAUUCCCAGACUAAUGGCCAAAUCUCUCUUGCCCCUUGCCCAGGAAAAAAUUCCAGGAGGAAAGGAGUGGAGUAGUCUGCAGAUUUUUCUCUGGCUGGGGAUCUGAUGCCAGCUUCUUCAGCUGUUUGAUGCAGUGGCACAGAUAUUUUAUUUCAUUAAUCCUGAACCAGGCCAUCUGUCACCAGUGGAACAGGUUCCAAGGAUUUAUAGCAUAGAAACACAGUGGGUGUAAGUGCUCCCAGUGAGUUAAAUGGAUCUGCUCCCAGGCUUAAUGGAGACUCCUUCAUCCUCCCCUCCUGAAGUGGAAUGGUUCCUCAUGUAAGAAUUAAUCAGUACCAGGCAGAUAUACAACCAAAUUAUUUUCAGGGUGGCCUAAAGGGGUUAACAGGAGGCAAAAGGGAGUGAUUCUCUCCUCUUCCUUUUAUUUGGUCUUUUACAAUUCCUUUCAAAAUCUUAAGAGGCCUGCUGGGAGGAGCAUCCUGUUUCCUCAUACCUCCGUCCUAGCUCCAGAUGGAACAAAAGUGAUACAAUAUUCUCAGACUGAGUGUGUCUGGGUGGCUAGCCACUGCUAUACUUUUAUUCCAGAACUGGCUCCUGGAAGAUUUCAGUCUACAUUAAAAGAACCAGUACCAAUGUGUGUAUAUUUGUAUUGAUCUACCUGUCAGCCUGUUCAGUGGUUCAGAUUUUCUGUAAUCCCUUAUCUAGGCAUGGCCACCAAGCAGUGAAGUUCCUGCACUUUCUGUGGCCAGCUCUUUUGCAAAGUGACUCCCUCAUUUGCAAAGCUGUAUUUACUUGGUAUUUCAAGGAUUUAAGUAUUUCAGAUUUAUGGCUUACUCUGUGUUUAUAUGCAAUCUCACAUAAAGAAGCCUAAAAUAUCAUGGAGCUCCUGCUGGGCUAUCUGGAGAAAAGGAGGCAGAAUCCAGGUCUCUUCUUGAACGUGGAAGCAGGAUUCUCUCCAAUCUUUGGCUCCUUUUAUUACCAUUAAGAUACAUUAGCAGAGGGUAUUAGAAAUGCCACCUUUAACAUCCUACUGUACAAAAUCACUUAGAGGGAAGGAAGAUGCAAACAACUGGAAGUGCCUCUGGUGAGCAGAAGCCCCACUCUACCACCUGGUCUAACUGACCUUCAUAGAAGCCAAGGGCAGCUGCAUUUUGAGCCACAUGAAGACAAACUACCCAGCCACAACAAUGCUGUUCUGCAUGCCAGACUAGGCACAACUAGUUCCAAUAAUUAGAUCUUGUGUUUCAACUUCUGCAAACUUCCUGUCCCUGUGUCCAUCUUUUUUUUUAAGGAAAAGAAAAAGACUAAGUGCCAUAAUUAGUGCAGUCAACUCUAAGUUUUGAGUGUAAGUCUCAAAAAGUUAUGGAUAAAAAGCUUUAUAAAAUUUUUAAAGGUUUUAAAGCUCUAUAAGGCUUUCCACUGUAUAAAGGAAAAAGUUGUCUGCUUGUAGUUUUUGUAGGAAGUGACAGUUCAAAUUUAGGGGAGUUCUCAUUUUCACUCCCAUUUCCCCUUGUUCACUUCAGCACUGUUCUGAAUAAUUCACUUUGGGUGUAAUAGUCUUUGUGUUCUUUGCAACCUGCCCUCUCCCAGCCUAAGGAAAAUUAUAUUCAUCCCCUCUGAGCUACAACAGCAGCAGAGCUGCUGUGUUUUUCACUGAGGUAGUGCAGUGCCCUAUUUUUUUUUUUUUUUGCAAAUAUUAUGAAAAGGGCUAAAACUGAAAAACAUGGCUAAGCAGAAGAGUGCAAUUAAAGAAGAGAAAUAGAAAAAUACUUAAGUAUUUGGUUUGUGUAGCAAGGCUUUGGUGGCAGGAGGGGACUGCAGGGGUGGCUUCUGUGAGAGGCUGCUGGAAGCUUCCCCUGUGUCCAGUAGAAGCAAUGGGUCCAAGUGUCUCUGUAUCAACACUAUUGAGAAGGGGAAGAAAACUGCAACAGCAACUGCAGCCAAAGAGAGGAGUGAGAAUAUGUGAGAGAAGUGGAAAGAGGGGCAAAGAUGAGGCAUGAUGAACUGACCACAGCUCCUAUUCCCCAUCUACCUGCACCAGUGGGUAAAGGAGGUAAAGAAUUCUGAAAUAAAGUUAAGCCCAGGAAGAAGGGAGCCCAGGAGUAGGGGAAAGAUGUUAUAAAACGUAGGGGUUUCCUUUUUGUACCCUACUCUGAUUUGAUUGGUAAUAAAUUAAAUUCCCCAA